GAACUGUUGCUAUGUUAACAGUUGUUUACGACUCAACUCAUGUAUUUAGACGUUUGAAACUAAUAAUAGCCGAAAAUACUAAAGACGUUUGAACGGGCCGCUAAAACUUCGUUAAAAAUCAAUUCCACAUGGAAAUAGGUACGGCCCCAUGGUGCAUUUCCUUUUGAUGGAAACAGCGUAGCGAAAGCAUGAACAACGCUUAAAUCGAUCGGUUACUGCAAUCCUAAUGAAUUCUCACGUGAUAUGCAAUACACCUCUCGGUUUUUAAGGACUGUAGUACUUCAUAUGACCUACAUAGUCGGCGCAUCAACAUGGUUACCCCUGCACUCACACCAGAAAUUUUACAAAGGUUUCGUACAAAUUUCUAUUCGGAACCAAAAAAUUGCUUGGCGCAGAAUGCCUGCACCCGCACAGAUCCGUUGGAUGUCUGCAUGUCCAGGAAGCAAUUAGAGGAAACACAGCAUGUUUUCACGCACAAGGUGGAAAUUGAGGGCAAACCUGUCACAAACCAGAAGACAUCUGGUCGAUGUUGGCUAUUUGCUGCUCUUAAUGUAAUGCGUGUACCUUUCAUGAAACAUUACAAUUUAGAUGAAUUUGAAUUUAGUCAAGCUUACCUUUUCUUUUGGGACAAGAUUGAGCGAUGUAACUUUUUUCUGUACAAUAUGGUGGAAACAGCACGCCGUGGAGAAGAAGUGACUGGCCGACUAGUCCAUUUCUUACUUUCUGACCCAGCAACUGAUGGGGGUCAGUGGGACAUGUUCUGCAGUCUCGUAAACAAACAUGGACUGAUGCCAAAGAAGUGCUUUCCUGAGUCUUAUAGCUGUGAAUCGAGUUCACGAAUGAAUAAUAUCCUGAAGAGUAAGUUGAGAGAGUACACAAAGGUGCUGCGUGAUUUGAUUAGUAAGGGUGCUAAUGAUACUGCAAUCAAUGAGUGUAUAGAGAACCAGAUGGAGGAGGUGUACCGUAUUGUUGGUAUUUGCCUGGGCAUCCCAUCUGAAACAUUCACAUGGGAAUAUUAUGACAAGUCAAAGAAUUAUAGCUCUAUUGGCCCAAUAACACCCCUUGAUUUCUACAUCAAGCAUGUUAAACCACACUUCAAUGUAGAUGAUAAGGUGUGCUUAGUAACAGAUCCUCGAUCUACAAGUCCUUACGGUAAAGCAUAUACUGUUGAUUUCUUGGGUAAUAUGGUUGGAGGCCGCCGCAUAAUCUACAAUAACCAACCAGUGGAACUCCUCAUGAAAUUGUGCGCAGACUCAAUUCGUGCUGGUGAUCCUGUCUGGUUUGGUUGUGAAAUUGCAAAACGCUUUGCAUCGAAAUUGGGAAUUGGAGACCUAGACAUACACGAUUACAAAUUAGUUUUUGGUGUCGAUGUUACUGUGGGGCUCUCAAAGGCUGAUAGACUCGUGUAUGGAGAGGGUGUAAUGAAUCAUGCAAUGGCCUUCACAGCUGUCUCAGUUGGUGAAGAUGGCAAGCCUACAAAGUUUCGUGUGGAAAACUCUUGGGGUGAUGACAGAGGUGAGAAAGGGUACCUCUUGAUGACUGCAGAGUGGUUUAAGGAAUUUGUGCUCGAAAUAGUCGUUGACCGCAAACUCGUGUCACGAGAAGUGCUUGAAGUGUUUGAGCAAGAACCUGUGGUUUUACCUGCUUGGGAUCCCAUGGGAACAUUAGCUCAUUGAAAAAUAUGCUAUGCAUUAACCGUCAUCCGCUGCUUUUGUCAGUGAUACUUUGUGGAAGUGGUUUUGGGCAUCAGAUUGUGCUAGACAUUUCGUCUCAAAAAUUAUCUGAUGCUGCAGUGCAAUUAUACUGCAAGCUCCUCUGUGUAAGGUGAAACAUGAAAUUACUUGGUAAUUGGCGAGAAAUGUUUUGAAAUUUUGUUGCCAGUGCUAUAAUUUUUCAUUUAUUCUCGAAUAUAUAUCAUACAAUUUUAUUUCUGAAUUUAUAUUGUGUAACUCAAAAGGUGACUAUGUUCUGUACUAGCAAUUAUAUAGCUAUAACCUGAGGUAAAAUACCAUUUUAUAUUAUCCUUUAUAUGUACAGUAAGUUUUGAUUCAUAUUUAUAGUUGUGUUCUGAAAUUAUCACAGAUAUUGCUUACAGAUGGGUGUGUUGAAGCAAUUUUCUUCAUUGAUAUACUUAAUUGUUCAAACAAUAAAAAUGUACAGAAAAAGAAAAUAAUGUGAAGGUUAAAUAAACAAACUUGUUCAGACAUGUAAAAGGCAUACAAUUGUGUAUCCCAGAAAAAAUAACAGUGAAAUCAUUGAAGCAAAGACGCUAAGGCGGUGUCAUAUAAACGUGUAUAUGGAUAGAUGAAAGAAAGUGCUAACCCCCAAUUUCAUUAGGAUUAGUCUGGUCACACUAUGCAAUGUUUUUGAAUGUGCCACAUGCUCGUAACAAGUUUUUCCAUAUUUACAGCUAGAAAGAGCUGUCCACUAGUUAAUUUGUUUUGUCUUACUGUAUUUACAUCCUUUUCUUUGAAUUAAACCAUACAUGUAAAAUGCAGCAACCGAAAAUAUGCUGUUGUGGGUUAGCACUUUCCUCCACUGAUCCCUUCAGAUCUUCUAUUAUUGCAUUUUAGAGUGUCUAACAGUGCAAGAUUUCUUAUGCCGUGUUUCCUAUUAUAUAAUUACCAUACAGCAGGUUUUAUUAUUAUUAUUUACUUUUUGUGAGGAACAGUACCAUGCACAUUUCACAAUUGUGUGUCGUUAUAUUGUUCUAAAUAAAUCUUACCUUUACAUGUCAAUGGAAAAUUCUAUACUUAUCAUUACACUUUUUAAAUUGUGUGUUCCAAACAAUACACAGUAAAAAGUCUCAUCAGGUUCCCUUUUCCAGUUUUUUGCUGAUUUACAUAGUGUAAUAAAUUUAGUCGCUGUGGUGUAUCCAAGGUAAAUGGACAUUCAAUGCCAAAAUAAAUAACUCUUGGAAGUUUUC